CACCCACUAAGCUGAGAAAACGUACCUCAACGUCUGUUCAAGAAUGUUGAAACACGUUUUGAAGAAACGUGUUGUUCAGUAUAAACCGUCACACUACCUAGCUACUGUUUAAUCGAACUGAAUGCACCCCAGCCAAUCAGCUACAAGGACAGGUAUAAAAACUCUGAUGGGUCUUUUAACAAAGAGAUAGAGGACUCGUGUGAUGACUUCCAUCCACAAUGAAGCUCUCCCUGUGUUCUCUGUCAGUUCUGACGCUAGUGGCUGUUGUGUUCAUGGUACCAAUGAAAGACAGAAGUGAGGAUGUGUUAAGCUUUUUGAAUGGUGCCCUUGAUGUUGCUCCCCCUACUCAAAAUAUCUCAGGAAAAAUCAAAGGUCCUGAGAAUACCUCUGGUAAACCAGAUCCAACCCCAGCACGCCCAAGUCCUUUAAGACCAACAGAGAACUCUGCAGAUGUUGUAGACUCAGAUGCCAGAUCCAAAGAGAAUUGCAACUCCGAUGAUCUUACAGAUGCAGGACGAUCUGAAAGUAAUUCAGCAGAAAGCAGAGAGGAUGAUGAUGACUCUCUGGGAUCAAAUACAAAGAUUACACAAACUGUGACAGACGACAGUAGCAGCGACGAGACUGACACUUCUCCUCCAAGUGAUGUGAGAAAAUACAAACAACCUCCAGGAAGGAAAACCAUAAACCCAGACCAUGUGGACAGCAUGCAGACAACCACCAGGCAGGAUCCAACCAAUGGGAGCGAGGAGCUGGAUAGAGAGACUCAGAGGGACCCCACAGGGGGGAGAGAGAGAACCAGCAGAGUGCUCAUUGAUCUCAACAGUGAAGAGGAUGUGAUGGUGGGCUGCCAGGGUACUGUCUGUGUGCCCGGAGAGCAGGGGACUACAGUCAAUGGAGGUGAAAAUGAUGAGAAUACCAGUCUAAACAGUAGAGAUGGAGAUAUCCAAAGCCAAGAGGUCACAGGCACAGCCACGGAGCAGGCCCUACGUAGGGAUAGUUGUAGGGGUGUAGUGAAUGGAGUGUUGGACACAGCCAGAGAACAGCAGGACUUGGACAGUAUGGAGCAUGUCAAUGGUAGACCCAAUGGUACUGAUGAAGCCAACAGUAGAGAAAGCAGAGAUGACAUCAGCACUGAGAGGAAUCCAGUAGUGAUUGGUUAGCCUCCAGGAGCCCCAGCCAGGAGCUCCAGCCAGGAGCUUGUCAGUGCCAGAGGCUUCCUCCAGGUAGAGUUGGCUCAGCUCUACCCUGCAGGGCCUGUAAAUCUCCCUGCCUCUCACUCGUGUGUCGUCUCCCUCAAGCUCCACUGACUCUACCAGACCACAGAGAGUCCCUCUCACACUUAUAUUCAUGACAGAGACGUCAGUACAUCUGUGGAUAUUUACCACCAAUUUUUCACUUCAAGUGAUCUUGAAAUAAAUGUUAUUCUGACAGCAGCUGUGCCCCCUGGUCUUCCUGCCGGUAGUACAUUUGAGUUGUGGGUGAAUGGAAAUAAGAUGUUUGGCUCUGAUCUGAUCAAUCUGAUGAA